AAACUGUUGCGACAGAAGGUGUUGGACAAGAACUCAGAGGAGUUUGACUUUCAUAUGAUUAAAUCGCAACUCAAAGACGGCGUUCACUACGAGAUCCGCGACGACGACCGCGAGCUCACCAAAGAUGAGCUGAAGUUAAUGCAAACGCAAGACAUUAGUUAUGUUCAACAGAAACGGAUGAUUGAGAUGAAGAAAAUCGAUAAAUUGAGACAAAGUCUGCAUUUGAUUGACUGCGAGAGUCGGCCCAAAAACAAACACACAUUUUUUGUCGACAAUAAAGCGGACAAAAAGUGUUUCGAUUUCGGGAAGCGUUUGAAUACUAGCGAAGAGUUGCUGAAAAUGGGCUAUAAUUUUGCGAAUAGUGAUAGACUUAGCGAACAAAAUGUGACCGAAGAUGACGUCCGAAAUGUGGCCCAAUUGAGGGACAAGUCGUACAAAGAGUUGGCUAAACGUAUGGAAAGACUCAAGUUUUUGGACCUUUUAUACAAGAAAAUGGAUGUGAAGAAGAAAUUAUUGAAUAAGAAGGAAAGCAAACCAAAACUCGUGAAGAAAGGAUCCGUCGGUAAAGCGCCUGAAUUUAAAUGGAAAAGUGAAAGAAAACGAUAACCAAAUGAAUCGUUAUUUUAUUUUUCAUAAUUUUUCAAAUAAUCAUUAAUAAAUGGAUUUAUAUUUAUUGCUUACAAAUA